GUUACCAACCGCCUUUCUCCAACGCAAUACUCCCUUGGUCUCCGGGACCAACUCCGCCGUCUUUUGUCUACUCAGGAAAAAGGAAUGGGCCGUAGACGGUAUGCCGUCAACACAAAUGAACAGAGACUCCCCACGGGUCCACCCCAGCCUCAGCCAGCAAGCAUCGGAUGUCGACCUACUCACAACCAAUCCACGGGAAUUGGAAACUCAAAAAUGUCGCGACAACAGGAAGUAUAGAGAGUUUGGAGGAGCGGAAUCCCAAGAUUUGCGCAGCGCUGGGAGUGGCUUGGCCAUCUCAGCGCUACGUAGAUGGUCAAACUUGACGUUGACGUUUUCCCUGAUUCUCGGUGGUUGCUGUGCUAAUGUCUUCGCUCUCGAGGCGAUUAUCAAAGAACAGCCUAGCUCCGGUCCCCUGAUAACGCUCGCCCAAUUCCUCCUGACUGCAAUCGUCACCGUUCCGGAUUUCAUUUCUCCGUCUGCCGGGUUUCGUUCCUUGUACCUUAGACCACGUGCCAUCCCUCUGAGAUCCUGGGUUAUCUAUACCGCUUUCUUCAUCAGCGUCAACCUAUUAAACAACUGGGCAUUCGCAUACAAGAUAUCCGUUCCCCUACAUAUCAUCCUUAGGUCGGGAGGCCCUGUGGCGUCCAUGAUCAUAGGCUACAUUUUCAAUGCUAAGCGGUACACACGGGGUCAGAUGCUUUCCGUGCUCAUGCUUACAUUGGGCGUCGUUGCUGCUGCACUGGCAGACGCCAGAGCGAAAGGUCAAUCAGUCAACGUCCAAGGUGCAUCGACGGUGUCAACAAUGACAGGAUUUACAGUUCUUGCUGUAGCGAUGGUCCUGUCUGCCUUCCAAGGGAUCUAUGCUGAUCGACUUUACGAGAAAUAUGGCCGGAACCACUGGAAAGAGGCUCUCUUUUAUUCUCAUGUACUCUCACUGCCUCUCUUCUUACCCACUUAUCCACAAGUCGCCACCCAAUGGCGAGCGUUAUUACUUUCACAUACGUCAAAUGGACCAGCUCUAUCUCAGGAUUCUACAGCAACAAAGGGACACUGCGGUUCGCCAUGUAUAGCCUCGAUUGCCAACAAAGUUAUCCAGCUUUCAGUACUGAAACUGGAUUCUGACCCUUCGCAAUUGAUCCUUGCAGCAAUACCAACACGUUUGAUGUACCUUGUGAUAAAUGCAUUGACUCAAUACUUUUGCAUUCGUGGGGUACAUCUUCUAUCUGCAAAAACGUCUUCGCUAACCGUGACUAUCGUCCUAAAUAUUCGCAAACUCGCCUCACUCUUGUUGUCUAUAUAUAUUUUCGGGAAUUCUCUGGCGCCAGGGAUCAUUGUUGGUGCCCUAUUGGUAUUUCUCGGUGGUGCCUUAUAUGGCUAUGAAGGGGCACGUGGCAGAAAGUCACAUUUAAAGAAAGAAUAAACUCAAAUCUCAUGUGCCGGAUAUAGUUCAUUGCCUGAUUAUCAUCAAGCUCUUUUGUCCUCUUGCAAUGUCCAAAUCUGCUGUAUCGUAUCUUCGAUGCAAUUCUACACAAUCUAAUGUACCUGCAAACUGAAUCUGAUAGCACAAAGGAGUCUACGCUGUUAGGGCUAACUUAAUGAGCGUCAUUGUGGAAAACAAUCUUAUUAUAUGAUACAACAGUGCCACGGUGUUUUUUUCUCCUAGAGAACGGCUGUCCUUGGCGAAUUCAGGUGGUGAAGACUGUGGAAAACAAUGUCAUCAAUGCUUUCUAAUGGUCUGCGGCUGACCUUCCCUGAUCAACUUUCUACAAG